AUGGUAGAGAACGCCAUGACACGGGACAGCGAAAUACCGGCCAUCUUUAACCCGAAACGCGUUCGUGCUCCGUCUGUGGUGGUGACAGGAGACUCCCCAAAUGGACCCUUUGGAGGUUUCACGAACAACGUGCCACAGAUUACACACUCGGAUUCGGUGACCUCGAGCCAACACGAUGGUCAGGACAGUCUGAUCGGCAUCACGGUGACCGGUGGAAUGCACGGCGGCUGUGAUACACCGACCUCACAGCCACAUGCACUCCUCGGUAGCGGCGGCGGUCUGGGAGCGGGCAUCGGUGGUGGCCCUGGCUCAGUGAAUCCGGCACUCGCGAGUCCUCCUUCCGCGUCGCGGUUAAAGGCCUGCCGAGCUUCGUGCUGCUCGGAGCUGGCGCAGAAGAUGUACUUUGGCGUGUGCGUAACAGUGCUCGUGACGGCCUCGUGGGUCGGUGCAACUCACUGCAUCAAGUUCCUGUACCUGCGCCGAAAUACCUACGCUUCCACAUUACCUCCGCACCUGACCGCGUUCAUCACCGACGGAACGACCGACACGGUACCGGGUGGUGCGGCACCAGACCAAAACUCCACCUCGGCCAUGAUAGUGCACGGGUUCGGACCAACCUCGUCGUUUCUGCCCUCGACGGCCAAACCGAUCGUUACGUCCGAUCGGAUCGCACCCCCAGUAACGGUACACGUCUUCAACGCACCCUUCUUUGCCUCGUGGUUCUGCACCAACUUCGCAAUACUCUUCUUUCCGAUCUACAUCCUGGGGCGAGUUGCGAUUAAAAAGUGCGAUGGCACCGGCGAAGUGUUGGGCGAAAUACUGCGAGGCUUCCGUGACCGAGGCUUCACCAUAGGGCGCUUCCUGAACCGCUGUCUCACGUUCUGCAUCCUGUGGCUACUCACCACGUAUCUGUACGCGCUCUCGCUAAAGGCCCUGCUGGCCACUGACGUUAUGGCACUGUUUGCGACCAACGUCGCCUGCGUGUACUUGCUGGCCUGGGUGAUACUUCAGGAACAGUUUGUCGGUGUGCGGAUUGUUGCUGUGAUACUUUGUGAUACGGGUAUUGCGCUGCUAGCCUACAUGGACGGAAUUACGGGUAGCCCGACGCUGGGCGGGGUGGUUUUGGCGGCGCUAGCCGCCGCCGGAUAUGCCGUCUUCAAAGUAAUGUUUCGCAAGGUGAUGGGCGAUCCACCCGUCGGCCAGAUUGCAUUCACCUUCUCGAUUAUCGGCUUUCUAAACGCAGCUAUCUUGUGGCCCGUCUGCAUAGCGCUCUACUUUACCGGUGCCGAAAUUAUGCCCUGGGAAACCCUUCCCUGGGUGGUGCUGUUGAUGGCCAGUGUGUUACUGCUGGUAUUUCACAUCCUUACUCAGUUCAGCAGUGCCGUUACGUACAACAUGUUCGUCACCCUGGGACUCAUAACGGCUGUACCCGUCUCGGCUGCACUCGACAUUGUGCUGUACGGGGCACACUUUGCCGGUAUGAAGCUGGCCGGUAUCAUAUUGAUAGCAGUCGGUUUCUUCCUCGUAAUGUUUCCGGACAAUUGGCCCGACUACAUCACCCGUUUGCUGCGAAAAACUGGUCGCGCAUUACUAAGAAACCAAUGUUGUUGUGAUACUGCUGAUAAUGAUUACGAAAAUUCGAAAUAUCAUCUUGUUGGGUCACAACGCGAGAUGGGGUCGUCAUCCUCGAAGCGGAACUCCAUCGCAGCAUCGCGACGUCAUCGACUAUCGGACGGGCUACAUUCGAUCGCAUCUUCGCUCUCCCUCUGGCCGGGUGAGAUGACCGAUCUGCAGCAGCAGCAACAACAGCACCAGUUGCACCAUCAGCAGAGCCUGCAACACUUUCAACACAUUCUGCGCAACGACAGUAGCAGCGAUUUCGUUGGUUUAAACCCGCACGCGAAACUGCGCCACUAUUCGCUCACAGAAAUGACCACAAACUUCAUGCGCAAGCCAGGAUCCAUCAGACUCAGCCCGGGGUUGGGUACCGGCAGUGGACCCAACUCACUGUCGGCCACAUCCGGCCAUCGCUAUCCAUCGAUGAACGGACGUAGCAGCUCUUACGGUUCGUUGGAGUAA